CUGUUCUUCACUUCUCCUUCUCUUUCGAACCAACCUCUCCCAUCUGACACUCCUCCUCCUCCAUCACCCCAUCUCCACCACCAUCACAGUCACCAUGUCCGGCAUCCACGGACAGAUCUUCGGCCACCUGGCCAAGCGCGGCUAUGAGGCCGCGCAAGAGCACCUGCGCGGACCCAGUCCAGAGAUGAUGGCGAAGUUGCAGCAAGACGCGCACCUGUACCAGCACUCGGCGCCAGAGAUGGAGGUGCAGCCAUGGGAGAUGUUGCCCGUCGUCGUUACCGCCUUCUUGACGCUUCUCCUGGUGGCAUCGAUCAAGUACACCGUUGGAGAGGUCAUGACCACUCUGGCCAUGAUCGAGUCCCGCACCACCACUGCCAUCAUCGAGAGCAAGCCGCCCGCCUACGCCGACCAGCCAGAUGCACCAGCCGAGAAAGAGCCGCUGAUGCCUUCGGAGGCUGAAGCUGACAUCGAGGUCACUCUGAUCAACAACCAGCCCAUCACCAGCAAGAUUCGCACUACAUUGAGGCACUUGACCCGUAUUGGGGGCUUUCGCGCGCGAUGGAGAGGCGCCGGCGUCAGCAUUGUCUACCACUUCAUGCAUUCUUUGAUCACCAACUUCCUUUCUGCACUCCUCGGAUUCGGUCUCUUCGGUAACGCCGCCAUGUACGUCGUGGCAUCUGUUGGCCUUGCCAGGCUUCACAUGGUCUGGACUCAUUCCAUGAUUGCCUACUCAUCCGAUCAGCCCUUCCACCGUCGAUUUGUUGCACGAGAUCAAUGCCGAGCCAUCCUGCUCCCAUCAUUUGUCUUUGCAGUGGCACAGCAAGCGACCUUGAUCCUGCCUAUCGUCGUCGCCUUCGCUCUUGGUUUGCCUGAACUCGACCAUGGUCAUGUUGCGGAUGCUGCCAAGCACGAUUGCAGCAAGCUGAUCUCGAUGGGCUUGAAGUACCUCGCUGUGCCGGCUACUGGACUCUUUGUUGCAUUCGCAAUUCUACUACCAGCCACUGUUACACUCACCCGUAUUGAGGCACUCCUCUUGCCAGAGGAUCAGGACACGAUCGUCCCAUUCGAUCGCCAGGCCAUUGUUGGCAACCUCGACAUCACUGCUAAGGGCAGCGCUCGUUCGAUCUUUGUUCAGGCCUGGAGAUCGUUCGACAACGCUUCUCGAUGGAGACUCAUCAAGCUCUACGUCAAGAUGGUCGGCCUUCAGAUUAGUGUUGUCUUCGUCAGUGCACACCUCAUGGUUGCGGAACUGUAUGUCAUUGGUGGCGACAGACUUGGUCUGCUGUUCCAGAGUGCUUCUGCGCAGUUGAAACUUGCUGCAGCCGAGGCCGCUCAGGACAACUAGGAGUCCGUGACUAUUUUCUUUGUUUUAGAAACACGCAAUUCCUGUGAAAACCAGACAGAUUCUGGCGUGGACAUGCAAUGGAGCACAUGAGGCGGAUGGUUUUGUUACGGAGGCGUUGGCGCAACAAGGAUAGUAUAUGUAGAUUACCUCGGGAAAGAAGUAUGUACCUUAUGGCUAUAACAAGAACCUGAAAAGAAGCCCCUCUGGUAUGAUAAGGGCGAGCUCGAACAGCCAAGUGCGAUAUCAAGUCAAUUUUGUGGUCAUUAACAAACAUAAAUGAUAAGCUAGCCGCAGGAACUAAUUGUAUCACGGUGUAAAACAGCAACUUUCGAUAGUGGUACAAGGUAUCAUCAAUCCAGAUCCCCUCCCCCUUACUUGGAAAAACUCCUACGUUUUCCUCGGACCCUUUUGUUCCCCGGGAUAGUGAACAUCUAUCCGGUCAUAGCCUGGACGGCGGAGCGACAGGUUCUUCGGUAAGCUCUGCUUCAAUCAACGCCUGUUCAGAAAGUGGCGAGAAGUAGAAGUUGCGAACGGUGAAGCCCGAUUUCUCGAGCAGCGACUCCCACUCUUCUCUGGUUCUCUCUUGCGCGCCAUUCAUGGUCAUAUGGAGGUCCGAAGCCGAAACCAUGGCGUCCAUGGAUGCUGUCAAGACGAUGUCAUUGAUCAGAAGACGACUGUAUCCGCGCUUCAUGGCCGGUCUGAGGUUGUCGAGAA